GGGGUGAGCCAAAAAAAAUUACAUUGCAUUUUCUUAAUCGCUGAACCUGCCUGCCACCUUAAAAGAACGGACGGACACCUCACCAGGCAGCCCUACCACCAUGGAAGUCACCAAGUUGUUGGCUACCUUUCUGUUGCUGCAGCUGUCUUUUGCAUUGUCAUUUCGUACCCGAAUCAUUGGAGGUGAGAUAUGUGCUGAGGAUGGACAUCCUUGGCUCGCGUGGAUCUAUGGCUCCAACGGACUCCAGUGUUCAGGAGUAUUGAUCAAUCAGGACUGGGUUCUCACUGCUGCUCACUGCUAUGAACGGUCUGGAAUGCAGUUGAAGCUUGGAGUACACAACAGAGAGGUGCCGAGAGAGGGAGAGCAGUUAAGAACCUCUGCAGAAGCCAAAUGCUAUCCAGAUGCUGCCAGCUCUGAUUCCAACAGCUGUGCACAGAAUACCUUCAUAAAUGAUAUAAUGCUGGUCAAACUGAAUGCCCCUGUUGACUACAAUGACAACGUUCAACCUGUUCCCCUGUCCACUGCUGUACCCGAAGAGGGAACAAUAUGCAAAGUGAUGGGCUGGGGCUCCAUCAAUGCUUCUGAAGAUAUUUAUCCCCUUCUUCCUUACUGUGUUGACAUUGAAAUACUCAACAAUGGGGUGUGUGAAGCUGCUUACCCUUGGUGUACAGCAUAUGAUAAACUGCUUUGUGCUGGAGUUCUGGAAGGAGGCAAGGAUUCAUGUCAUGGUGAUUCUGGAGGACCCCUGAUGUGCGGUGACGAACUUCAAGGCAUCCUCUCGUUUGGAGGCCAUCCUUGUGCUAAACCCCUUGAGCCUGGUGUUUAUGUCAAGGUCGACAGUUACCUUGAUUGGAUCCAGAGUAUUAUUGAGAAUAAUACACCAGAAACCUCUUGAAAUUAAAUCAGUGUGUAUGUGGAACCCCAUAGGCAUCUUCUUACUCUUAGUCAGAAAAUCUAUAUGCAUUAUCUUCCUGGGAGCAAUCCUGAGCUUACUUCAAAACAACCAUGGAAAGGAUGGUACAGCAUGAUAAAGAAGCAUCCUAGAUCCUUAUAGCUUCCUAGAUUGGCUGCUCCAAAUAGUUACAAUAAAUUGAAUGAGAGCUCUUUCCCAAGUCAGUGAGCCAAAGUCUUGUUCUAUUAACAUACAUCUCUCUCCCCUGCACCCCAGCAUUAGAAUCAUAGUCUUAAGGUGAACUUCUCUGAAAGUUAGAACACUGAAAUAAAAUAGAGGCCUCAGCAUCUCGAAAA